AUUGUCCCCGCGAGCAAUGGAUACGGAGAUGCUUCAGCGUCCAGAUGAAUUUGCAACUCUGUGUGAUUGCUUGUUCAGGUCUGGCGUGCUGAGGCGCGACACCUUCCUUGCAGCCCUUCAUCGACGUCGAUUUGAGGCUGUGCGGAAAGCCCAUCCCUAUGCGACCCACAAAAGUGGACUGGCCGAUGUUUUUCGAAUUGGCGAGCUGGCAGCAACAGCUGCGUCCUUCCUCUGCCUGGCCGAUGCAAGCCGGCUGCGGGAGCUUUCCAAGCAAACCAGAGCAGUGUCCAAAGGGGCAGUGUUCAGCCAUCCUGAUGCUCGGGCGCUCUUCGUCUUGGGGUGCCAGCAUCAAGAUCUACAGAGUUUUGAAACCAUUUCGCAUUUUGAUCCAACACGACAUUGCUGGAACACUUUAAACGUGCCGCCGUCCCUGACCACUGGGUCUCGGUCCUUUUGUAUGCCAACAUUGCUUGGAGUUGAUGGUUUUCUGUACAUUUGUGGUGCCCAGAGCCAGCAUAGCGACGCGAUGUGCCUCCAUCGCCUUGAGCGAUCCAAAUGGAUCACGUUGCCACCUCUUCCCACUCCACGCAGGGCUUCCAACAGCUGGCCUGCCAUCUCCUCUUUGAAGGGCCGGAUUUACAUCUGUGGAGGAAGUAGCCAUGACGAGGACUAUUUGAGUGCAGUGGACUGCUUCGAUCCGUUGAGUUUCCAAUGGGAGUCAUUUGCACCUAUGGGAACAGCACGUGCUUGUGCAGUGGCAGAAGCUCUUGGGGGAGAGCUUUAUGUAUGCGGGGGAGAGACUGGAACAUCGAACAUAGACGACUUCAUCGCGCUUGAUACGGCAGAGCGUUUCAGUCCAAUGACUGGCUGCUGGGAGACUUUGCCUCCAAUGUCAGAGCCGCGGGGAGGAGACGCCAAUGGCGAUCCGAACAUCGUGGCAUGCGUACUCGGAAACUACCUCUAUGUCAGAGGCGGACACGAGGUGGAUAGCAUGGAGCGCUUUAAUCCUGCGACCCAUCAAUGGGAGAGCCUUCCACCCAUGAAGACGCCUCGCUAUUAUGCUGCCAUGGUGGCAUUCAACAACCGGAUCUAUGUUUGUGGUGGUAAAGAUGACAAUGAUGCUGAGGAGCUAAGCUCAGUGGAAGGAUUUGAUCCUGCCACAGGCUGCUGGGAAGUGCUCCCAUCAAUGAACACUCGACGUGCAAAUGCUGGUGUGGUGGCUUCAGAAGGUUAUGUCUAUAUUUGUGGAGGUAGAAUCUAUUCCGACAGUGGCCCUUCAACCUGUUUGCGCUCAGUGGAGCGCUUCUGCUUAGCAAGGCGAUGUUGGGAAGUUCUGCCUCCGAUGCCGGAGGCGUGUAUUGAACCACACUCUGUGCUGCUGGAGCAAUGCAAAUCUGGUAAGCGACUGCACGUUUCCCCCUAA